CAGCUGCCCAACAACCUGCCGGUGCACGUGCGGGGGGGCACCGUGGACAACGUUCUUUACGCCGUCACCGCCAUCGUCUGCGCCGUCGGGCUGGCCGAGUGCUUCAGGGUCUACUACGUGCUGUCGUACCCGCAGACACCCGAGGGAGAGGAGUAGAAAGAGGGAGAGGGAGAGGGAGAAGGAGAGGGAGACUGAGGUAGAAGGAAGGGAGUAGAAAGAGAGGAACGGAAAGGGAGGGGGAGGGAGGGAGAAAAAUAGGAAGGGAGAAGAAAGGGAGGAACGGAAAGGGAGAGGGAAGGAGGGAGAAAAAUAGGAAGGGAGUGAGAGAGGGAGAGGGAGAAGGAGAGAAAUAUAAUGGGAGAGAGGGGGAGGAAGAGGACGUUGGAGAUAGAUGGAAGGGUGAAGGAGGCCGAGGAAGAGUAGAAAGGGAAAGAGGCAGAGAGAGAAGUAAGAAAGGAGUGAGAUAGAGGGAGAGGAGAGAGGGAGGGAAGGAGCAAGUAUGAAGGAGGUAGACUAGAGAGGUAGCAGGAGAGACCAGGGAAGAGGGAGAAUAGGAAAACGAAUGGAAACAAAAGGAAUAGAGAGAGAAUGAAGGAGAGUGAAGUUAGAGAGAGGGAGAGAGAGAGAGAGAGGAAGGGGGAGAUAGAAGAGGAGAGGAGAAGGUACAAGAGUGGGAAGAAUAAGUGUAGAACAGGAAGGAAAAUGAACUAGAAAGAGUAACAGGAAGAGGAAGAGAAAAAAAACAAUAAAGCAGUAGAGAAGAAGAAGAGGAAAGAUUUAUUAUGUAUAUAGUGGAUUCUAAUAUAUUCAAAAAUAGAAAAAAUAGAGGGACUUUCAUUAUCACCACUGUUAGUAUUAGCACUUUUGUGUUAAAUGCUGUAAUAAAUGUGUGAUCAGUGUUAA